CGAGGAGGAGAGUGCUUGGAAGCCAUUGAUGGUGCAUUGAACGGGCAUCUUAUAUUAUCCCAUAGCCGCAUCUAGCCAUGAAGCUCACCGCUGUGAAAAAUGCCCCCCCUAUCGGCAAUCCAUCAGUUCCCAGCGCUGCUAACCCUCCACUCCCCCGUAAGAAACCGAAGUCGAUUCCGCCCGAAUUUUAAGCUUCGUUCGGAACCCCGAUGUACAGAAGGUGGACCUUUUUUUCACACUGAAUAAUCUCCUUUUACUUUUUUUGCUUUGGUUUGAUCUCUAAUAAACUUGUAUUGGGUUUUUUUCUUGAGAAGCUUCAGUCGUAAUCAGACCAGAAAUUCAAACUGAGACAAAAAUAAUCCUUUUCCUUCAACAGUCACAGAGAAAGAAAAAAUAAAAUAAAAAGAAACAUGGGGUCCCAGGUUGCCGAGCCCCAACCACUGGAGCUGUGGCGGCACCCGGACCCAGAGUCCACGCAGAUGUGGAAGUUCCUGCAGCACGUCAAGGCCAAGCACCUCCUGGACAUUGACGACUACCCGGGGCUGUACAAGUGGUCGAUCGAGAAUGUUGCGGCGUUCUGGGAAGAUGUGUGGCGUUUCUGCGGGAUCAAGGCUUCCAAGCCGUACACGGAGGUUCUGCCACCCAACGCACCAAUGUACCCGCGGCCAGAUUUCUUCUCGGGCGCGCUCCUUAAUUUUGCCGAGAACAUGCUGUUCCCCAAGAACGCUGACAUCUCGGACUCCACACCGGCGACCAUCACCGUGACCGAGGUGGAGGGCAAAGAGACGACGACGACGUGGGCGGAGCUGCGCGAGGCGGUGCGCCGGUGCUCCAACGCGCUGCGGGCCGCGGGCCUGAAGCCCAAGGACAUCGUGGCGGGCUUCGUGUCCAACCACCACCAGGCCAUCGUGGCCAGCCUGGCGGCGGCGUCGCUGGGCGCCAUCUGGACGGGGAUCAGCCCGGACAACGGCGUGAGCGCCGUGCUGGACCGGCUCGCGCAGAUCGGGCCCAGGGUGCUGUUCGCCGACAACGGCAUGGUCUACAACGGCAAGUCGUGGCCGUCGACCUCCAAGACGCUGGAGAUCGUCGAGGGCCUCGUGCCCAAGGGGCUGGAGCUCGUGGUCGUCAUCGACAACAUCGACGUGGACUCGGGGCUGGAGGAGAUGCGGGCAAAGGGCGUCGAGGCGGCGGUGGCCUACGACGCGUUUCUCGGCCGGGGCGCGGACGGCGGGGAGCUGAGGUUCGAGCAGCUCCCGCCCUCUCACCCGCUCUACAUCCUGUACUCGAGCGGCACGACGGGCCUGCCCAAGGCCAUCGUGCACACGGCGCUCGGCACGCUGAUCCAGCACAAGAAGGAGCACCUGCUGCACUGCUCGGUGGACUCGUCCUCGACCAUGCUCUACUACACGACGACGUCCUGGAUGAUGUGGCACUGGUCCAUCGCGGCGCUGUCGUGCGGCGCCACCCUGGUGCUGUACACGGGCUCGCCCUUCAAGCCGCACGGGUACCUGUCGGUGCCCCGGCUGCUGGCCAGGUACAAGGUGACGCACUUCGGCACCUCGGCGAGCUACCUGACGACGCUCGAGUCCAACGACGUCAUGCCGGAGAGGGAGGGCGUCGAGCUGCCGCACCUGCAGGCCGUCUACUCGACCGCGUCCCCCCUGCCGCCGUCGACCUUUGCGUACGUCUACCGGGCGUUCCCGGCCCGCGUCAACCUGGGCUCCAUCACGGGCGGCACCGACAUCAUCUCGCUGUUCGGCGCGCCGUGCCCGCUCCUGCCGGUGCACGCGGGCGAGAUCCAGUGCGCGGGCCUGGGGAUGGCGAUCGGGGUGGCGGACUCGGCGACGGGGCUCCCGACGCCGGGAGAGGAUGGCGAGCUCGUGUGCACGGAGCCGUUCCCCUGCCAGCCGCUGACGUUCUGGGGCGAGGGCGGCGCCGCCAGGUACAAGGCGUCGUACUUUGAGCGGUUCGAGACGCACCACGACGCGGCCAGGACCGGGCCCAUCUGGCACCACGGGGACUUUGUGCGCAUCGACGGGCGCACGGGCGGGCUGACCAUGCUGGGCCGCUCGGACGGCGUGCUCAAGCCCAGCGGCGUGCGGUUCGGGUCGGCCGAGAUCUACAACAUCCUGACCAGGUACUUUGGGGCCGAGGUCGAGGACUCCGUGUGCGUCGGGAGGCGGAGGGAGACGGACCGCGACGAGACCGUGUGCCUGUUCGUGGUCAUGUGCGAGGGCAAGACGUUUGGCGAGGAGCUGGCCGAGCGGAUCAGGGCCACGAUCCGGAAGGAGCUGAGCCCCAGACAUGUGCCCGGGGUCGUGGAGGAGGCGGGCGGGGGUAUCCCGAGGACUGGGAACGGGAAGAAGAUCGAGGUCGCGGUGAAGCAAAUCCUCUCGGGCAUCAAGGUCAAGACCAACGCCAGCGUGGCGAACCCGGAGGCUCUCGAGUGGUUCAGCAACUGGGCUGCGCAAGGAACGAAAAGACGGCACUCGCAAGCAACCAAAUAAGCCUGUCACGGUAUAGAAAUUUUGGGCGACAGCCUACCAGCUUCAUGUGGUCCCUCCUUUUUCCUUCAUGCGUCCGAAAGCGGCCGGCUUGGGAGAUGCGGAGGACGUAUUGUGAAAACGUCGCUUUUUUCUUUCUUUUUUUCCUCUGCUCCUUUUUGGCGUGGUUAAGCUUCUUAAAAGCCAUAGAUCUUCAAAAGACCAAGGAAAGGGGUAGAACAGAUUGCAGUUUUCAACGUCCAGGAACAAUGAAAAUUACAGGUUAUUAAAAGCAUGCAUAGGUCUUUUAAGCUGUCCAUUGAGGAGGCUAG